AUGGUAGCCAAUAUCCUUGCUCAUGGGCUUUUGCUCGUGCAGCUUUUUGCAGCCUUAGCUCUUGGAAAGGACUCGACGCCAAUUUACAAGGAUGCUAAUGCCCCGGUGGACAAGAGAGUCAAGGACCUGUUGGGUCGGAUGACGAUUGAGGACAAGAUGUCUCAAUUGAUUCAAGGUGACAUUACGAAUUGGAUGAACUCCACCUCAGGAGAAUUCAACUACACUGGACUGGUGGCCAACAUGGAGAUGAAGGCAGGCAUGUUCUAUGUUGGAUAUCCCGUGGCAUGGGACUGGAUUGCGGAUAACAUCAAGAGAGGCCAGGACUAUCUCCUUCAAAACACCACCCUUGGAAUUCCAGCCAUCGUUCAGACUGAAGGUAUUCACGGAUUUCUGAUUGGCAAUGCUACAAUUUUCAACUCGCCCAUUGCAUAUGGAUGUUCUUGGAACAGGGAUCUCAUUGAAAAGAUGGGCAAUAUCAUUGGCCAAGAAGCCAAAGCCCUCGGAGUCAAUCAACUAUUUGCUCCUGUUGUUGACCUCGCUCGCGAGCUUCGAUACGGCCGUGUCGAAGAAACAUUCUCCGAAGAUCCCUUCCUCGCAGGCGAAGUCGGCUACAGCUAUGUCAAAGGUGUACAAAACAAGAAGGUCUCUUCCAUGGUGAAGCAUUUUGCAGGCUUCAGUAUGCCCGAGCAAGGACUGAACACUGGCCCGGUACACGGUGGAGAGAGAGAAUUACGUACAACAUGGUUGCCUUCCUUCAAGCGCGCCAUUAUUGAUGCAGGUGCCUGGUCUAUCAUGGCUGCAUACCACUCAUAUGAUGGAAUUCCUGCCGUCUCGGAUUAUCACACUCUCACCGAGAUUUUGAGAGAAGAAUGGGGCUACGAAUAUUUUGUCAUGACCGAUGCAGGUGGCAGCGACAGAAUUUGCAGCUAUUUCAAGCUCUGUGAAAGUAAACCCAUUGACAUGGAGUCCGUCACCACGCAGCUGUUGACUGCGGGAACUGACGUUGAAAUGGGAGGUGGUUCAUUCAAUUUCCAGAAGAUUCCUGACCUCGUCAAGUCUGGCGAUCUCGACGUCUCGUUUGUCAACAAUGCCGUUUCUCGAGUGCUCAAAGUCAAGUUUGAGAUGGGUCUCUUUGAGAACCCAUAUCCUGCUGCACCCGAAACCCAAUGGAAGAAGCUUAUCAAUAGCCCUGAGGCUGUGAAGCUUGCUAGGGACUUGGAUAAGGAGUCCAUUGUACUGUUGGAGAACCAUAACACGACUUUGCCUUUGAAGAAGUCUGGUAGUAUUGCAGUUAUUGGACCUAUGGCUCAUGGCUUUAUGAACUACGGUGACUAUGUUGUUUAUAAGAGUCAGUACCGGGGCGUCACUCCCCUUGACGGUAUUAAGGCCGCUGUUGGCAACAAGGCCCAGAUCAACUAUGCUCAGGGCUGUGAGCGAUGGAGCAAUGACCAAUCAGGCUUUGAUGCUGCCAUCGAGGCUGCUAAGAAGUCUGAUGUGGCUGUUGUCGUCGUUGGAACUUGGUCGCGCGAUCAAAUGGAACUCUGGCAAGGACUAAACGCAACAACCGGUGAACAUGUCGACGUGGACGACCUCUCUCUUGUCGGCGCCCAAGCGCCUCUAAUAAAGGCCAUUGUCGACACGGGAGUCCCAACAGUCGUUGUUCUCUCAAGUGGCAAGCCUAUCACAGAAACAUGGCUAUCAAAUGGCACAUCUGCUCUAGUUCAACAAUUCUACCCAGGUGAGCAGGGUGGUAACGCCCUCGCCGAUGUCCUCUUCGGCGACUACAACCCAUCCGGCAAGCUUUCAGUCAGUUUCCCACGCUACGUCGGUGACCUGCCGAUAUUUUACGACUACUUGAACUCCGGCCGCUCAAUUGGCGACCAGGGCUACGUCGAAGCCAACGGUACUUUGGUCUUCGGUCACCAGUACGUCCUUGGAAACCCACUGCCAUGGUACCCCUUCGGUUAUGGCAAGAGUUAUUCUACCUUCAAGUAUGGAACUGUGAAGUUAGACAAGAGCAAGAUCUCUGCAUCCGAUAGCACUGUCACAGUCAGUGUCGAUGUGACUAACACUGCCACCCGUGAUGGAACAGAGGUCGUGCAGGUUUAUAUCUCGGAUGACAUUGCUUCUGUUGUUGUUCCUAACCGUUCCCUGAAGGGCUUUGAUAAGGUUGUUAUUCCUGCUGGAAAAACAAAGACUGUCAAGAUUCCUAUCAAGGUUGAGGAUCUUGGUGUGUGGAAUUCUCGCAUGAAGUACGUGGUUGAGCCUGGUACCUUCACCGUUCUGGUUGGCAGCAGCUCCGAGGAUAUUCGGGGAAACACGACAAUCACUGUUCGGUGA